CGCAAAAUUUACUUCCGGCUUCAUUUGCAAAGGCUCGUGGCGUGGAAAAGUGGUAGCCUUAUAAAAUAUGAUGGAAUCUCUCCCCGGUCAGGUCCCCCUGCCACCCCCCGUGGCAGCGGGACCCCCCUCAUUGCCACCCACCAACCAGAUGCAGAAUAAAACUCCCAUUAGCUUAUUACAGGAAAUCUGUACUAAGCGGGGUAUCACACCACAAUACGAUCUUAUUGCAAAUGAGGGGGCUGUCCACGAACCAACUUUUGUGUUUCGUGCCUCGGCUGGUGGGUUCACAGGGACGGGAAAGGGCCCCAGUAAGAAGAAAGCCAAACACAAUGCUGCCAGGGCAGUUUUGAAUCAGAUGAUGGGACAGAGCAGUACAGCUGAUACUGUAGUAUAUGAACCCCCUCAAGAAGUGGCUGCUCCCACCACUACUGUAGAUGGCGCUGCAGUCAACCCUAUUGGAGAACUGCAGGAGUUUACUCAGAAACGUCUGCUGAGACCGCCGCAGUACGAGUUCACUUGUGAGCAGGGACCUCCACAUGCUAGAGAGUUUGUGUGCAUUGUGAAAUUGGGGAAAAUAACAGAGACAGGCACUGGGAAAUCUAAGAAGAAAGCCAAGCGCAAUGCAGCCAUGAAGAUGAUGCAGGCAGUUGCCGUGACAUCUCUGCCGCAGGAAGAUCUAGAUGGUCCCGGGGAGGAAGAGGACGACGUUCUUCUGGUAAGACAUGACGUAAUUCUGGAUAAGCAGGUGGGAAAGCAGUGCUUUGAGGUCACCUAUGUUGACCUGCAGGAGCUCAGUAACAAAGGCAAUCGUCAGUGUUUGGUGCAGCUGUCCACCAUGCCAGUCGCUGUGUGUCACGGCAGCGGACCCACAUCUGAUGAAUGCCAUGCCAACGCAGCCCACAAUGCAUUGCAGUAUCUGAAGAUCAUGACCAAGAAGGCGUAGUGAGGGGGCUUCGAUAAUCGUGUCACAAAAAUGGUAGACUUUGGUCUUUAAAUAAAGCUGGAAGAUGUCCUGAUAUCUAGAGUUUAGCAUGAAUCUAGCAUGGAUUUUUAUUCCUGGGAUGAUGUGUAAAUCUAGGUCAGGGUCAGGUAAUGACUGGAUCAA